AUGUCCAACAACAGCUCCAUCACUGAGUUCCUCCUCCUGCCGUUCGCAGACACACGGGAGCUGCAGCUCUUGCACUUCUGGCUCUUCCUGGCCAUCUACCUGGCUGCCCUCCUGGGCAACGGCCUCAUCAUCGGCGCUGUAGCCUGUGACCACCACCUCCACACCCCCAUGUACUUCUUCCUCCUCAACCUCGCCCUCCUUGAUCUGGGCUCCAUCUCCACCGCUGUCCCCAAAUCCAUGGCCAAAUCCCUCUGGGACGUCAGGGAUAUUUCCUACUAUGGAUGUGUUGCACAGGCCUUUUGCUUUCUCUUCUUGGCUGGAGGGGAAUAUUUUCUUCUCACCGUCAUGGCCUAUGACCGCUACGUUGCCAUCUGCAAACCCCUGCACUACAGGACCCUCCUGGGCAGCAGAGCUUGUGUCCACAUGGCAGCAGCUGCCUGGGGCAGUGGUUUCCUCCACUCUCUGCUGCAAACUGCCAACACAUUUUCACUACCGCUCUGCCAAGGCAAUGCUGUGGGCCGGUCCUUCUGUGAGAUUCCCCAGAUCCUCAAGCUCUCCUGCUCCAACUCCUCUCUCAGGGAAGCCUGGCUUCUUGUGGUUAGUGUCCCUCUUGGGUUUGGGUGUUUAAUUUUCAUUGUGCUGUCCUACGUGCAGAUCUUCAGGGCCGUGCUGGGGUUCCCCUCUGAGCAGCGACAGGACAAAGCCUUUUCCACGUGCCUCCCUCACCUGGCCGUGAUCUCCCUGUAUGUCAGCACUGGUAUGUUUGCCUCCCUGAAGCCCCCCUCCACCUCGUCCCGGUCACUGGAUCUGUUGAUGGCUGUUCUGUACUCACUGCUGCCCCCGGCAUUGAACCCCCUCAUCUACAGCAUGAGGAACCAAGAGCUCAAAGACACACUGAAGAACCUGAUUCAGAAGCAGGAAUAA